UUCUCCUUUUACAAAAUAGUAGAUAAGCAUGCCACGAAUGCUCUUGGGAAUUGCUACCAUGGUCAUGACCAGCGCCGUACCCACCAACCUCGCCGACCAAGUGCCCGCAUUCGAAGUCCCCAACUUCGACUACCAAACGCUUUCGACCGGAAACACGCCCAACGACGUACUCACCGCACUCAAGAAGGACGGCAUCAUCAGCUUCACCAACGUACCGUCCUAUGCUCAAGUGCGUCGCUCCUACCUCGACUCGGCCGCUGCCUGUGCCGUUUCCGCGCAAGAGGCCAACGCUGAGUUCCUGCUGUCCAAGACGCUCACGGACGGUACGAAUCGCUACACCAUCAGUACGCCGUCCGGACAGGAUGCCAACGCCACUGCCACCACGACAGACGCCGCGUGUCCGGGUUACAAGACCAUCUACGAUGAGUUCUCUUCACUGCUGGAAUUGGUUGUGCUGAAUGUUGCCACGACGCUCGAUGCCACCAGCUUCACCACGAAGGACGGCUACGGCCAGACCGUCUGGAGUCGCAAGCUCAUGACGGAUGCCGUGCGUCUAGACCAUUUCCACGCGUACGAGACACCGUCUCUGCAUGAGCGUAGACUCAUGAGCGCGGACUCCGGCACCAAGGUGUCGACGUCUUCCAAGGACGAAUUCCCGCUCGAGUUGCACGAGGACGACGGCAUGUUUAUCGUGUUCGCCACGCCCGCCUUCUACAAGGUGAACACCGACGCCGCCAACGGUGCGCUCGAGUCUGUUUCGGCCGGCGGUUCGGACGACUCGGAGUCGGGUCUCAUCAUCCAGCGCCGCGAUGGUCAGCGCGUGCGUCCAAUUCUCAAACCCGACCAAGUGACACUCAUGGUGGGCACGGGUUACAACCGCUGGGUGGGCACGUCGGAGCAGCUCCCGGCCGUGAUGCACGGUAUGCGUAUGCCCGAGGUGAAGACGACGGAGACGCAGCGUUUGUUGCGCGCAUGGUUCGGCAAGAUGACGCUACUGCCGUCGUACCAGCGCAUGCUGAAGCAAAUGGACUUCGGCGUGCACGCGAACACGACGGCGCAGUACGUGCAGCAGGGGUAUCAGUCGGACCACCAGUUGCUGGGCUGCGCUCCUGGUCGUCACUUGGUCGCAUCUGCUGACGCUGCAUGCAGCUACAAGGAAUGCAUCCGGAAGGAUGGCGCAACAGCACCCUCGGAAGGCUGCUCGGUUGUGUGCAACCGUGGUCAUUCCACCGACCCUGCUGACUGCUCUAAGAGCUGUUUAUGCACUGCCAGCUCACAUAGCGCAACAUCGUGUUGGAUGCUGUGCGUGAAGGACUUGGACACUUGUGCGAAAACCCAGCAGUCGUGCUCAGGCCAGACCAGAGUGUGCUCAUAGAAACCCACAAAACAGUAAAGACCGUAAGAAACUU